AUGCCUUCACUCCCACCCCGUUUCCUCCAAGACCGCUCUCCCUCUCCCCCCUCUUCCCUCAAACCACGCUUAGAUCCCACAAUUCUCGGAGUCCCCGAUGACACUGUCAAAGCCACGCAAAAACAAAUCGACGCUUAUAACAAAUGGUACGAUGGUUUACCGAAAGAGGCACAGAAGAAGAUCGAUAAAUUUCAGAAGGACCAUGGGUUAACGCGGGAUCAAUUGAUUUUGGCUGCGUUGAAGCAGUGGGCGCCGCAGUAUGUGGGGACAUUCAAGGCGGCAAUGUUUUUUGGUAUUGUGUAG